GAAGGUGUCCCUGCCAUGGCAGGGGGUGGAGCUGGAUGCGCUUCAAGUCCCUUUUCACCAAAACCAUUCUGCCGUUCCCACAGAAGCCGAGUCGCGGCGCCGGCGACGAGAAGACCUCGCCUGCUCCUCCUCCUCCUCUUCCUCCCUCAAACCACGCCUAGAGCCAACCCGCUGCAAAGCCACAACGCCCCGAGGCGCUCUGAAGGCUUCUGAGCGCUCCUUCUCCCUUUCCGCCCCUCCUUUCCCCGCAGAACCCCGCGCUCCCCUCAGCGUGAGGGGCAGGCGGCGGCCGAGCGCUGAGGGGAGGAGGGCGGAGACGCCGCGCUGCAAAAAGGGGCGGGGCGCCGCGCGCGCCGGCCCCCGGCCGGCCAAUCAGCGCCGGGUGCGCCCCUCCCCGCCCUCCCUGACGCGCGGCGCCGCCAUUGGCCGGGGGGCGGGCGGAGGGGGCGUGGCCGCGCGCCCGCCAUGCUGAUCACGCUGUGCUACCUGUACCUGUGGGCGCGCUGGGGGCCGCGCUCGGCCGCGCUCGUCCGCAGCACCGUGCGCAGGCUGCACCGCUCCCGCUGCUCCUUCACCUUCUGCGCCCGACAGCCGCACCCUGAGGAGCGCGUCUGCCUCCGCGUCGGCGGCAAGGUGUUCUGCACCGGCGAGGCGCAGUUCCUUGAUGACUUGAACAGGUGGAGUGGGCUUCUUGUUUCUCCCUUUAUUCACCCUGAGAAGCUGCUGCCAGCAGAGCACAUUGCUUUUGUGACAGAAAGCAUUUCUGCUCACACAGAGAACUUGCAGAAAGGACCUGACUCUUCAAAGGAGAUUGUCAAGUGGUCAGACUUUUGUUCACCCUUGGCCUAUAAACCUGGUGAACCUUUUAAGUUAAUUGCUGAAGCCAGUGUAGAUAAUUUCAGUAGCCUGGGAAUAGCCUUCCUGGAAGACAGGCUGCAGAUGGAGAACGGGAUGGUGCCACACAGGAUUGUUUCUGUCCAUUUAGAGGAAUCUGCUCUGAAGGAGUUGGCACAGGAGGCGCCAUCGGUGGAAGAGAAAAGCACAGACAUGGAUGCAGUAACUCCUGCUGGGAAAUCAGGAUUAGGGCUAGCCGAGGAGGACAAAUCCAAGCUGGAAGAGGAAAGGGAACAUGAGGAAACAGAAGGUGGGGAGCACCACCACUUGCACCUUUCCAGCUGCCACGAGUGCCUGCAGCUUGAGAACAGCACCAUCGAGUCGGUGAAAUUCGCCUCUGCGGAAAACAUCCCCGAGCUGCCCGAGGAUUGCGGCAGCAGAAGGGAGGAGAAGGAGCACGAAUGUCUGCAAAAAGGAGUCAAAAGGAUAAACCUGGCUGGGAAACCCCCUAAUAUCUUGAUUUACCUGGGCUCCGAGGCUGCCAAAGGGAGGUUUGAGCAGGUGAAGUCGGUGCUGAGGGAGUGCAUCGAUGCUGAGAGCUACACCGUGUACCAGCUGCACCAGGAGCAAGUGCUCAGAGACCCCUGGCUUGAAAACUCCCUGCUGCUGCUCAUUGCCACAGAGGAGCCCAUCCCCGAGGGCAUCCACAAGCAAUUCAUGAAGUUUCUGGCCAAAGGGGGGAAGAUUCUUGGGCUUUCUUCGUCCUUCACCUUCGGGGGCGUGCAGCUAAAGCACAAAAACAAACUGAGGAGGGUUGUGCAUGAGCUGGUGGUGUCUAGAAAGGACAGCACGGAGGUGACACUGAACCUGCUGGUCAGUGGCUGUGUUUUUGAGGAGGGGAUAAAGGGAGAUGCCAGCAAAGUGAAGGUGUUGAGUCGAUUGAAGAAUGCUGCUGAAGACAUGGUGAUUGUGCACCUGACUCACGGGAGCAGUGGAGGGGAAGCCAUCCUUUCCCAGGCCCAUUUGGAGCUGGACAGCAAUUCCAUGGAUGUGCAGACUGAAGAGGAUUUUAAUUUGCUCAAAAUGAGCAAUUCCAAGAGAUAUGAAGUUCUCAGGGAGAUCCUGACCUGCCUUGGGCUGAGCUGUGAAUUGAGUGAAAUUCCUGAAUUAACACCCAUUCAUCUGCUCUCUCCAGAUGAGGAAAUCCAUCUUGCUUUCCUGAAAUGGCUGGAGGGGAACGUGGAUGCUGAGGGGCUGAGGGCAUCCAGCAAGGUGUCCCUGAAGUUUGUUUCAUCCUGUGAGUCCAAGGUGGAGGUGACUCCAUCCCUGGUGCCGGUGAUCACGGAGAUGGGGAGUUUCUCCUCAGAACAUUUCAGCCUCAAGACCUAUCAGCAGCAUCUGCAGACCAAGAAGCUGGGAAAGAUCCUUCUCUUCACUGAGGUCACCACGACAACCAUGCAUCUUCUGGAUGGGUUAAUGUUCGAGUUGCCCGAGGAGAUGGGUUUAAUAGCAGUGGCUGUUCGACAAACACAAGGGAAAGGUCGUGGUGGAAACGUUUGGCUCAGUCCCGUGGGCUGUGCCCUGUCCACUCUGCACAUCUCCAUCCCUCUACAUUCCAACCUGGGCCAGAGAAUUCCUUUCAUCCAGCACCUGGUGUCCUUGGCAGUGGUAGAGGCUGUCAGAUCCAUACCAGGAUAUGAGGACAUUGAGCUGCGAGUUAAGUGGCCAAAUGACAUUUACUACAGUGAUCUGAUGAAGAUUGGUGGAGUUCUGGUAAACUCAACACUCAUUGAAACAACAUUUCAUAUUCUCAUUGGCUUUGGGUUUAAUGUGAAUAACAGCAACCCCACCAUCUGCAUCAAUGACCUCAUUGCAAAGUUUAACAGGGAAGAGGGGACAGAGCUGAAGCCUCUGAGUGCAGACUGUCUCAUUGCAAGGACUGUGACUGUGCUGGAGAGGCUCAUUGAGGUUUUCCAGGAGAAGGGGCCCAAUGGAGUUCUUCCCCAGUACUACAAGUAUUGGGUACACAGCGGGAAGCGCGUGCGGCUCCGCAGCGAGGACGGCCCCCUGGCCUGGAUCGUGGGCAUCGAUGACUAUGGAUACCUCCAGGUGCACCAGGAGGGCGAGGGCGUGGAGUCUGUGCACCCUGAUGGCAACUCCUUUGACAUGCUGAGGAACCUCAUCGUCCCCAAGCACUGACAGGAGCUCUGUAGUACUGGGCACUGUCGCCUCAGCCUGCCCAAGGUGGGAAGGGGAACUGAAAGUUUGAUUUUUCCUUCUGAUUUUCUGCUUUGUGUUUGCCGUGGGUAACGUCAGCAGCUGAGAAGAGGGGGUGAUCUCACAGCUGAAGGCAUUUAUUCUUCUCAUUAACUUUCAAACACACCUCUGCUGCCAUUCUUUGUAAGGAUCUGUUCUUUGCAAGGAGUCUGAUGGCCAAGGGAUAUUUGUGGUGAACAGAACUUUCUCUUCAUUUACACUCUGUACUGGAGAGACUGAAGUGGCUCAACAUUUCCUUUUUUUUUUUUUUUUUAUGUUUCUGUGUGAUUUAGCACAGUGCAGGACAAUAUUUACUUUUUUACUUUUUUUUUUUUUUUUAAACUAAAUUCUGUUUUUCUAUGUUGUCUGCACUAAAACCAGCUGGAACAUCACAUGUUCCUGAACUGCUGGGAUCACCACUGUGCUUAAUUCCAGGUCAGAGUGAAGAUCCUGAUUUGGUUCUUCUCUGUGUAGACCUCUACAAUAAUUUACCAACCUGUGCUUUGAUCUCAGGUCUGCAACUCUUAAUGGCUGCCUUGAGUUCUUGGGAGAGUAUUCCAUCAGCACCUAGGAACUGUACUGGGUUAUCCAAGUGAUUUGCACUCUGCUCUCCUCAGUCAGUUGGAUCUGAGUAAAUCAUCUCAUCUGUCCUUUAAAUCAUGGUUUUCCAAGGGACUUCAGGAAGAAAAACGCACUGGAGCAGUGUCACACCCAGGUUAUUGCAGAAUCCCAUCUCAGGGGAUGGAACCUGUAAUUAAUUUAGAAUUUAAUGGUAAUUUUAUCAUUAUCUCAAUGAAGUUACAUGAAUAAAUAAAGGGAAUAAAUCAAAUUCCCUGCUGCAAACAACUGCUGCAGUGAGAAAGAGAAAUCACACCAUUCCUCCAGGUCCAAAUUCUCUUCCAUAGCCCUUUUGUCACCCCCUUUCCCAAGCCAAUGUCUGGUUUUGCUGCUGAGCACUAAAACCAAGAGCUUUAACACCUGCUGACCUGAAAGCAGCUCAUUUUUGGGGCUGCCUGCACAUUUCCAGGUGGGGGGAGCAGCCUGGGAAUACCCCUGGAGCAGCCAAGUGGGAGCUUGGUGGGGUUUUCUCCCAAGGAGACUUGGCCACCACAGCUCCCCAAACAAUUCUGUGCCAGCCAGGCUUGGCCCAGGUGGGAUGUGGCCACCUUAAUUUCUUUUUUUUCAUGGUGGAUCAGCCAGAUUGGUUUCCAGAAAGGAAACUACUGUUUUCUGGCCAGAAAUGGGGUUUUUAGGUUAAAGUUCACCUCAUAAACAAUCCAAACAUUUUAGAUUGUUUCAGCUCCAAAGCCAAGAAGUCUUAAAACAGGGAAACUUGUCUGUAAUGGUAAUUUUGACCAAUCCUCACGUAUUAGGGUUUGGGUGGUUUGGCAGCAAGAGUAGAAAUUAAAUUGUCCCUGUUAAAUUUAGGAUUUUAUGCUCCAUCUCACAGAAGAUUUGUCCUGAUUGUCCAAACCCUGCUGGGAUUUUUCUUUCCCCCGUUAUCCAAACCACGUGAGGCUGCGCACCAGCAUCUCCUAGAACUGCACACACACACACAGCUGUUAAUUGCCAUAAUUAAAAUGAUGCACCACGUUUGGCUUUCCCCCGCCCAAUGCUUUCAGAACUGCUUUGGGCUGAGAAGGUUUGGCAGCUGCCUUUGAUAUCAGAAUUCAAUAUGAAUGCAUGUUGGAAUCAACUGAGACUCGACUCUGGCUUAAUAAAGCUUCAAUAAAAGGAAGAAACCAUAUAUUUACAUAUAGAUCUAUCAAAAAUGGGUGUGCACAUGCCCACAUACAUCUUCCUGCUGCAUCCUCAUUUAUUUUCUGCCUUUUCCUUCACGAGCAAACUGCAGCAAAGCAGAGCUCCGGUGCUGCUUUUCCAACCACAGAGCUUUACAAAACUUCACCUUAAGCCAGAAUUUGUAGCUAAAACUGUCUCAGCUUUAGGAUUUGCCUGUUAGGGAGCACCUUUUGGGUUUUGUUUGUGUUCCACACAGACUGGGAAGUGCCUGGAGGGAUUGCACAACCAGGUCAUGCCUCAGGCUGGGGCUUGAGUUGCUUCCGUAAAACUUCUCUUAAAACUUCCUUCUCCCUUCACUGGGGACAAAAAAAGUAUGGGGAAAAGGAGAAAACAUGGGAAUUUUGGAAGGGCAGAAUGAGUUUGUAAAUCUUCAGUGGCCGAGCAGCACCAGAGGGAUUUUUUAGCAUUUUUUAAAUGCUGCAACAUUUCCUGGUUGCUCUUGGUCCUUUUGUAGCUGCCUUAGUGAUGAGCUGGUUCUGUUCUCAUUGAAAUUGUCAGGUUAGUCCCAAAAUUUUUGCAGUGGGAAGGAAUUUGGAGUGGAAUUUCCUUGCCACAAGGGUGAUCUGCCCAACUCUGGAUGUGCCAGAGCACAGGGAGUGCUGUGGGAGCCACUUGGCCAUUUCAGUGGCCUCUUCUGGUGUCUCCUGGAUUUGGAUGGAGAAUUUGUUGCUUUCCCUGGGGAAGAACCAAAGACAAGGAGAAUUCCCAUGGGACAAGGAGCAGCUGGAUAAAGUCCCUGGAGAAGUCCCUGACUCUCUGUCAGGUAGAGUCUGGCUCUUCCUCUGCCCACCGUGGCACGCCCAGAAAGCCACAACAUUUCUGCAGGAAAAUCCUUGUUUUUCUUGUUCCCCGUGUGUGACAGACAAAUGUGGUGUGGGGUGUCCCUGGAUGUGGGGCUGGAGAGAUCCAGCCAGCUCCAGGCCCAGGAAUAAUGCUCUGAAAAUGUUUCAUUUCGUUCAGCUGUCUGGAUUAGUAAAACACCUCUUCCAUUGUGAGGCUGAGGUCAUAUCUUAAACUAUUUUCUUGAUGAAGUGCUUUCAAAAAACCCAUUUAUUACCAUGUCCCUAUUUCUACUUUUUUUUUUUUUUUUUCCCUGCUGGGGUCUGGUAGAACAUUUCUCAUGGUGAAAACAUUUGUGGGGGUUGUUUAUUGAUAGGAAAACUUCUGGGUGUGUUGGCACGUGUGUGAGUCCAGGGUGGGUCGUGCCCAGUCAGCAACAAAGCUGCUUCCAAAGGUUUGAAAAAGUAAUAAUGUACUUCACAUUUCAGAGUCCAGGCAGCACAUCCUGCUUCUAGUAAAGCUUUUAUAAGACUUCAGAGCUUUUUUUUUUUUUUUUUUUAAUAUAUCAAACAAAUCAAGGGCUAUUACCUGGAAAUAAUAUUAAAGCAUUUAAUUCCUUAUGCUGCUGCUUCACUGUGCAAAAAUUCGUUUCUUUGCUUUCUCUGAUUCAGCUGCAUCAGCAGCCUGAAAAAAAAAUUUACUUUUUGCAACUACAAUCAAAAUAUCUGUCAUGGGAAAGAUUUCUGCUGGUUCCUGGGGGUAGCUGGUUUGAUAAAAAACAUUUGCAUGGCUAAGUGGUGGUGGGGAUGCAUUGCCUUGAUCAGACACCAAAGAAAUUAAAUCUGGGCCCAGGAAAGGGCAGAGGUCAAAAAAUGAUGGAGAAAAAAGAACUGCAGGGAAGAGUUGUCAUGUGUUGAGUGUCUCAUUAGUGAUUCUGUGUUAUUUGCAUUUUCCAAGUGUCUUCAUUUAAAAUGCAACGUGGCAAAAAUACAAUAAAUUUUAAAAACUCUCUGUGUGUUUUAUAGUACAUUAAUUGUCAAUAUAGAACGUGUCACAGUUGAAAUAAAUUUUCAAAUAUGCACCAUUCUCCUUUGUGAAAUACUUUGGUUUGUAUUUAAAAAAAAAAAAAAAGAGAAAUUCAACUCAGUUUUCCUUUGGCUACAGGAUUUUAUUAACAUUUUAACGGUUUUGUUUUACAUAAUAAAUAAGCAAAAAUGCUUUACAUUUUUAGGGAAUACAUAUAUAAUUCUGAGCAUGAAUAGGUUGGUUGGGUUGCGUGCUUCUUCACCUACACUUGCCAAAUAGCUUUUAUCUGCAUCAUAUUAAAAAAAAAAAAAAGCAAAAUCUAACUUUCAGGAAAGAACUGGAAUAACAACAUUUCAUCUGUGGCAUUUUUGAAGUGUGACUGAAAUGCUGGAAAAAAAGGAAUUUAUGUCCUGUCUUGAGAUUUCUGGAGAAAUUCUGGCAGAUUUCCCAUUCAUUGGCACUUUCAGUGAUGAAUUCCCCAAUUUUGCACCUGUUGUGCUGAAUUUCCUUAAAUUACCUUUUACAAAUCCCAGGCACAGAGAGCUGGGGACAGAUCUGGGCCUUUAUCACUUUGUUUUAUUUCCAUUGCACGGCUUCCAAAAUUUGAAGACCUCACUGUGGGAUUCACUUUUCCAGCUUUACCUGGGCCUGGUGGAAGAUUCCCUGACUGGCAGGGGGUUGGAAUGAGAUCUUUAAAGUCCCUCCCAACCCAAAUGUUCUGUGAUUUUGGUAAAUUAUUCCCUCUUUCACUCUCUUUCUCCCAUUUUCCAUGAUUUUCUUGCCAGGUCUGAACUCCCCCAAGAGUUAAAAUCUUGUGAAGUCUCACUACAAAGGUGUGGAUCAAAUACUAAAGAGAAAUGAGGUUAUGUUUCAUAAUAUAUUUCAAUUCACGUUCCCCUUCAGUGCCAUAAUUUUUUUUCAUUAUUAAAAACAUUUUUCAUUAUUAAAGCACUGCCACUGUGAUGGCAGUGCCCUGUUCUGCACUAUGAUUUUGCUGAGAACAUCUGUAAUUUAACUGACCAAAAAAAUCCUAUUUUUCUCCCAAUGUAAUUUACUCCCAGAUGGGAACACGGAAUUGCUGUUUAAAUCUUGGAGAGUGGCAGGGAAAAAAAAAAUCCUUCCCACAUUUGCUUUUGCCAUCUUUUCUGCACUUUCCCCUGCGUUAUCAGCUGUGAGUUCUUAAUUGGUUCAUUAUUGCCUCACAGGGAAAUUUCCUGUGCCUGGGCAUCACCUCCCCUAAAACACCUGGGGGAGAAUGAUGGAACACCUCCUCUGCUCAGGCUGCUGGAAUAAAGCCUGGAAGUGGGGAUAACAAGGUGGAAAAAUAUCGAGCUGAAAAAUAUCAAUGGUGUUUUUCUCAAGCAAAACCCAAUUUUUGUGUUUUUAUAGCAAGCAGCACUUCCAGGAACACCCAAAUGCAGCGGUGCCACUAAUGAGGGAGAAAGUGCAGCAGGAGAGGUUGGGCAUCAGGUUUCUUUUUAAUGAUGCCAGCCAUGCCAGUGGCUCCUUUGUGGGGCAUGGAUUUAAUUUAAUUGAAUAAAAUUAACCCAGGAGUCUCAGCAUAAUUAUCUUUUCAGGAGCUGGGGUCGUUUAUGAGGAGCAGGGGCUGGGAGGGCUCUGAACCAACUGGGAAAGCAACUGGUGUCUCCUGCCUUUGAUUUACGGGGUCAGCAUGAUUAUAAUCCACAUUUGCAGCUUUUCUGGAGACUUGCCAGCUUCUCCAGCAUUGAACAAACUGAGGUUACACAGGGAGUGACUGUGCUGGCUUGGUUCUGUUUUGGGCUUUUUUUGUAAUCACUGAUUUGGCUUUUUUGGUUCUGUUUAGCACAAAAUGUAUUUUUCAUGCAACUGAAAGCAAAACUGAGAGUGUUCAAGUUCAUUUUCAAGUGAAUAUUAAUUUGAUAAUAAAGCUUUCUCUGUUAACCUUUCAUAGGAAGCAAUGAAAAAAAUACUGAAAAUUGUUUUCAAGCCUUUGCUUUUAAAGUAUUUUUGUGUACUCAUAGCAAUAAAUAUGCAUACACAGAAGGAAAUAACUUUAUUACUGUAUGCUAAUGGAAAAUUCCCUGCCCAUUUCAGGGACUUGGAACUGGAUGAGCUUUAAGGUCCCUCCCAACCCAGACCAUUCUGGGAUGAAUUAUUGCUGCAUAGAAAA